GUCAUGACGGGGGUCGCGCAGAUGCAGGGCCCGCUGAGUUCGCACGACUCCGGCACAGAGGGGAAGAGGAGCAGCACCAGGAUUUCGAGCACCGCGUGUUUUCUCGGCAGCCAGCUCCGCGAGCACCGCCAGGAGGGGCAGCGCUGCGAACUCCUGGCCGCCCGACGCCGCGCCAACCGUCAGCGGUUCCUCGGAGCCGACGGCGCCUUCGUGGGGGAGUGCGCGAGCGGCUUCUGCGGCACCGACUGCACGAGGUGCACGAAAAGCGAUCGGUGGAAGUGGACCCCAGCCGUCGUGAACGCGCUGCCAGACGCUCACGUUCCGAUCGCCACGAAACCUUCUGCGCACUGUUCAGAAAAGAACCCGUUGGCAAACGACAGCGACGCCCACUUCUUGCUAGACUGCCCACAUGUCCAGAUGCGAGAACCUGCCGGGGCAGCAGACUUCUGA